AGUUGUCGCAGCUGCCAUGUUUAGCUGCUUUGUUGUAGAUUUCUUGUAGGUUUCCUGCAGAUUUUAAGUGUUGCAAUGGAACCGAGCUGGAGUACGUUUUUAUUUCAGCACUUGGUUUGGAGUGGACAUUCUCUUGACGCCCAGACCGAACAGGCGAAUGAAGCCCUACAUCACCAGCACCAAGUGGCCCAGAACAGCCUGCUGCCCCUGCUCAACUCUGGGUCCGACCCUCCGGACCAGAAGCCCGUGCUGCCCAUCCCGCUGGACCAGAAGCCCCCUGUGAGCGUGGCUGAGCUGCUGAAGGACAACGUGGCGAGCGGCGCGGGCGGCGGGGGGCUCCUGCCCCACGUGGUGGUGAAGAAGGAGCCCAAAACCAAGACGCCCUUCAUCUGCGGCUACUGCAACAAGGCCUUCCGCGACAGCUACCACCUGCGGCGGCACGAAUCCUGCCACACCGGCGUCAAGAUGGUGUCGCGGCCCAAGAAGGUGCAGACCGCGCCCACCAUGGUGCCCCUGAUCUCGUCCGUCCCGCGCGAGGGCGGAGGAGGUGGGAACCCCUCCUACAUCUCCACCAUCGCCGGCAUCCUCACCACGGCCACCUCCUCGGCCUCCACGGGCUCCAGCAUCAUGUCUCCGUCCGCCAUGGGCAGCGGCCCGCAGCACCACCCGCACCAGCACCAGCACCAGCACCAGCACCAGCAGGGGGCGCCCAAGAAGCCGGCCAAGCCCGUGAAGAAGAACCACGGCUGCGAGAUGUGCGGCAAGGCCUUCCGCGACGUCUACCACCUCAACCGCCACAAGCUGUCGCACUCGGACGAGAAGCCCUUCGAGUGCCCCAUCUGCCAGCAGCGCUUCAAGAGGAAGGACCGCAUGACCUACCACGUGCGCUCCCACGACGGGGGCGUCAACAAGCCCUACAUCUGCUCCGUCUGCGGGAAGGGCUUCUCCAGGCCCGAUCAUCUCAGCUGUCACGUCAAACACGUUCACUCCUCAGAACGCCCCUUCAAGUGCCAAGUAACGGCUUGUACAGCUGCCUUUGCUACCAAAGACCGACUUCGCUCCCACAUGAUCCGGCAUGAGGGCAAGGUCACCUGCAACAUCUGCGGUAAGAUGCUGAGCGCAGCCUACAUCACCAGCCACCUGAAGACCCACGGCCAAUCCAACUUCAACACCUGUAACAAAGACACUAACAGCGUGUGCAACUCCACCUCGGUGACGCCCGUCACGGCCUCCACCGCCAUCACCACCGCCAUGAACCGCGGCACCAGCAGCAGCAACCCGGUCACCAUGGCAGCGCAGAUGAGCAUCGGCACCAACACGGUCAACAUCACCUCGCCCAUGAACCUCCAGCACCCCGUCACCAUCACGGGCCCGGUCAACCUGGCCUCGGUCAACAUCCCCGCCACCGCUCCCAUGAAUAUCGCCCAUCCGGUGGCCAUCACCACGCCCAUGCCCAUGAAUAUCACGGGCCCCCUCAACAUCGCCAUGAGAACCAUGGACAGCAUGCCGUUUCUGUCCCAGGUCCUGCCUUCCUCCCCGCCCUGGUAAAAACGAAUCGAUUUAAAAACGCCGCCUCGUCCUGACUCUACCAUCCUAACAUACAGCCCCUUCCCUGUACUACCCCCCCCCCCCAGUCACUGGGUACAGAGGGCAAGGGGGUGGGAAAUGGCAUUCCAGGAAGAGAGAAAAGCAAUGGAAUCCUGUUUACCAGUUUAUCCAGGGACUGAUUACUCUGUCCACCACAUGAUGGGUGGAACGUGACUGCCCCCUAUGGACUGGAGGGAGCAGGCAUCGUUCAGAGGGAGAGCGUGAGAGAAGGGGGGAGGGGUGGGGGUGAGAAAUGAGUUGGAGGGAAAACAAAAACUUGCACCUGCUGGUUUUAACGUUUCAAUGGUAGUUUUGCCGAGCAUUGGAUUUUUAGUUUUUUUUUUUUCCAGUUUUUUUUUAUUUUAUUUUUUAACUAUAGCCUGUUAAUCAGUAUUUAAUAGCAUUUUAAGGAAUACAAUGUAAAAGAAGGGACUGUAGACUUGCAUAGGAGUGGAAGAGGUUUUUUUCUGCAUGUGAAUGCUCUUACAGACUAGAGGAGGGUGUGUGGAUUAGAGGAGGAGGUGCAGAUGCUGUUAGACGGUAGACUGGAAAAGGCAGGGUACAUCAGUCCCCUGCUGUCCAAAGGUCGCCAUCUGCACCUCCGUUACAUCUGCGGAAGGUGGUCCCCUCCCCAUGGUUAAUUAUUUUUAUUUUUUAUUUUUUAUUUUUUUAAUGGGAUAGCUUUGAUGUGCUUUUAACAUGGUUGGUAGCGUACGGUUGAGAGAGGAAGGAAUGAAUUCUUGCACUGAACGCAUAUCCCGUGUGUAAUGUUCUGAGAAGAAAACGACAGUAUUAUCAAAGAUGAAAUGUUAGUGUUGGGUCAUAAGCCCUUAAACGUAGACAGCGGGGCCAUCUAGUGGCCGCCAGACAACAUGCAGUGAGGUGGGUCCUGAAGUUCACCAUUUAACUUUAUCAUGUUGGUCACAGAAGUAGAGGUUUGCUAGGAUUAUUUUGUACCCUUAAUUUUUAUUUCAGGAAUUUGAAUUUAUCAACAUUAAGUUUUAUCCUGGAUUUAUUUUUUUAUGUUACUUUGUAAAUAUUGAAUACCAUAUACUACUUUUUUCUUUUGGAAAAUAAAGUCCCUCCCAGGUCAGAGUGACAGCUGAGCUCAGUCUGUUUGGGGGGCGGGGCAGGGACGGGGCGUGGCUGUGAAGGAGGUCAUUUUAUGGCUCGAUUCUUAAUAGGAACCGUCAAAACUUAAAACCUUAAACCGGCUGACUGUUACAGAGAGAUGCAUCACGUCGUGCCAGGUCCGUGUAGGAGGGAGUUAGGGUGGCUGGACAACCCACCCCCACCACCAAAAAAAAAAAAAAGAUAUAUAUAUAUAUUACACUGUUGCAGUGAGAUGUGAGGUGCAUAUGUGUAAUUAUUUACAUUUAAUGUUCAGCAUGUCCGUUGGUCACACCUAAAUUUCGCUCAAACGGCUGUGCAUUGUGUUGGUGUGCUACCUGCUCCAAGCAGGAAGCACAAAAAAAUAAAAGAAACGCUGCACAAGGACCAACGAAGUGCUGCUUAAAUUUUGUUUGAGCUCGAAGACGGUUUGACUUCAUUUAAAGAUGGAGAACACUAAUAAAUUUCACCCUGUUAAUUUUAAUCCGCGAGGCAGAAGCGACACCAUUUUAGCGCUGCGUCUUCCUCGCUCACACUGAGCGCCAGCCGUACAGCGCUCUCCCAUCAGAAGGGAACUUUGAGCCGAAAACCACCGCGAAUUUCUCUUGGCGCCGUUUGGCUUGUUUUUUAAAAACUUCUUCUUUUUUUUCUUAAUUGCCUCGAAAUAAAAUUGAUUUUUUUCAAUCUUAUCCAACAGCAGAAGAUUUAGGAUGACUUCCAGAAGGAGCGGUGCACGGAUAAACGCGUCCGCUCCUGCUGGAAAUCGACCGUUAGGCUACGUUCAAAUCUGAGCUUCCAUUUUAACUUCACGGAUGGAUUUGGCAGAUAUCUGCUUCCUGCUAAGGCAGAUGAAUGUAUAUCUUUGUACAAAACUAUUUAGUUCUGAGGACGUGGUAGUUAAGGAUAGAUACGUGCAAGAGAGGAAGAAAAACAAGCAAGAUAACCUUUUAUAAAAAAUAAAAAAAUGAACUUUUUGUAUUAGAACAUUAACAAUGGUAAUUUUGUAUAUAUGAAGACUAGACUUUCUGAUUAGCAGAAAGGUAAAACAUUCCUACAUUUUUUUAAUGUAUGUCUGUCAAAAAAUAAUUAUGUAAGCAUAUGCGCAAUGUUUCCUGUGCCUUUUAUUUGGGUUGUCUAAAUAAAAGAAAAUGA